AAAGAGGAUGGUGCUAUAAAAAGAUCUGAUCCUGUCAUAACAAAUAUCUGUUUCGAAAAUCAUCAAUUUUUUCAAUAAUUUCAACCUGGGACAUUUCAAACUAAUAUGUCCUCAAAAGAGUGUCGUAUUUGUCUGCGAUACGAGGAAAAUUGUGUUUCACUAUUUACUAAACGUCGUGGCACAAAAUUAGCGGAAAUCGUUCGAUUUUGCGCCAGAGUUGAGAUAUACGAAGACGAUGGAUUGCCGGGAGAUGUCUGUUCCAGAUGCGCAGACGAAGCCCUCAAUGCAUACUUGUUCGUAAACAAAUGUCGUCGUUCUGAUGCUGAGCUCCGGACGGCACAAGCGUUUUGCAGAGAAAGCAAUGAAGAUGAAGACUUUGGUGAACCAUCCUAUUGCUCGGCCGCAGAAAGCAUUAGACCAGAAUCGGAAGAGAAUAAGUAUGUUGUGCCAGAUAUCGAUCCCGUUCACCUUUUGGAAGCUGAAACCAAAAUACUGCCCUUGCCUAGUCCAACGGCAAUGGACGAUAUAGUGGAUGAAGCAAAAGAAUUGAAGACAUGUAAGACACAAGACGAACAACCCGAAAUAACUGAAGUGGAAUCAUUUGGCGAGAAAAUAGAUGUGGCUGAUUUGAAAAGUGAUGGAAAUGAGGAACCCGAGGUGGUGGAAGAAUUUCUAGUAGAAUACCUAGAAACUGAUUUCAGAAGCGAUGCACUAUGUGAAGCAAACGUUGAUGACGAUCAUGUUCUGGGAUUCGAACAAGAGGAAUUACAAGAAGAAAUAAACGAUCCAAGCACUUCCGACAGCUGCUCGAAUGCUCUUAUAUAUAAGUUUAUAUGCUGCGGAACACGUUGCAAGGCCGUUCUAGACUCGUAUCAAGAACUAGAAGAACACACCGUUCAAGUUCAUUUAGCCCACAGGGAAUCGGAUAGCAAGGAGAAACCGUACGAAUGUACUCGAUGUUAUGCGCGGUUUAAUUCAGAGAAGAGUUUAACAUUACACCGUCGAAAAUCGUCACAUUGUCCACUGUGCUUGCAGAUUUGCUUUUCUAACAAAGACAAACGGUUGCACAUGCACCAGGUACAUGGACACUCGAUUUCGGCAUCUUUGGUCCAAGUUUCAAUGAAAAUUUGCUGCGGCUGUCACGAAUCAUUUGAUAGUGAGGAGGAACUUCGUGCACAUAGUCAAGAGCAGCAUGCAAUACGCAAAAGUGCCGUUGACGAGACGCGACCGCUUCAGUGUGAUGUUUGCUACAAGCUCUUUCGGACAACGGAAAGUCUACGUAUUCAUCAAAGGUUCGUGUAUAGACCGAAAAAUUUUGUUUGUUCUAUGUGCAACCGAGCCUUCGACACCCGGUCCAAACUGAUCAGCCACGAGGUGGUACAUUCGGAGCAGCGAGAUUUCCAAUGCGACAAGUGUGACAAAUCGUUUAAGAAAGGGAUCGAUCUCAAAAGUCAUCAGCUGCUGCAUAACGAAAAACGAGAAGAGUGCACAGUUUGCGGCCUGCGGUUCCAUCGGAAGUCCAAUCUCAAAAUGCACAUGCGAAAGCACCAGGACACGUUUUUCUAUGCUUGCCCCGAUUGUCCGAAACAGUUCAAAAACAAUUCGCACCUCAAGGAGCACUAUAAGGUGCACUCGAAGCAGAAACCAUAUUCUUGCAGCUAUUGUGAGCGAAGUUUUGCGUAUUGCAGUGACAGGAAGCGACACGAAAUGAGUCACACCGGUAAUUAUCCGUUCGAGUGCCACUGUUCGAAGAAGUUUGCCCGCAAAACAACGUACGAUAAGCACACCGCUGUCUGUCAAGAGCGUGCAGAGUAACGUUAUUCUGGUUACAUUUCGGACAAAGAAGAUAGUAUUGAACUGAAUAAAUGACUGUUAAAUAACAGUAAAGUUAUCUAAGGUUCUA